GUGAACUACGAUGGUGCUGAAGGUGGAGGAAAUAUCAAGCUUGAUCCAAGUGUCGCCGCAGAACUACCGAAGGGCUGUCGAGUGGUAUCCACCGAAGGCCAUGGUAUCAGUUUCUGGGCUCACACCGGCUGAAUCGACGUCGAGCUGGCCGAUGGGACGCCACUGUCAAUUUUUUAUGAAGGUAGCAUCGAAAGCUCAAGGCAAGAAUAUGGUCCGCGGGGAGUUCGGGUCUAUGAAAGCUAUAUAUACGCUCUUGCCCGAAUUCACACCGAAGCCAAUUACCUGGGGAACAUACGAGACCGUAUCGGACACGCACUUCUUAUGGAAUAUCGAGACAUGGUAGAUAGAAUGCCAGACCCGCACGAAUUCACCACCCAUCUAGCAGCGCUCCACCAAACCAGCAAGUCUCCGAACGGCAGGUUUGGCUUCCACAUAACUACUUAUAGCGGCAAUUUACCACAGAUGGACCGUGAACGAGUGGGAAGAAACUGGGAGCGUUACUUUACAAAGAGCAUGAGGUGCGCUCUGAAACUUGAAAUCGAUGCCAAGGGACCGGACCCCGAGUUCGAUGUGCUAGUCCCGGUCCUCUUUGAUAAAGUCAUACCUUGUCUACUUCGCCCACUCGAAGAGCGAAGGUCGAUCUGUGAAGCACUCACCUGUGCACGGAGAUCUUUGGUAUGCAAAUUCUGGAAUUGAUGUAAACACGGGAGAAUCUCUGAUCCUUGAUGCAUGCCGCUUCUAUGGUCACAACGAAUAUGAGUUUGGUCAAUGACGGCCAAUCUGCAAUAGAUUUGGGCCCGAAUACUUGGCAGCAUACCACUCCAAUGUUCAAAUAUCACCACCUUGAGAGGAUUAUGACGGCCGUCUAGAUCUUUACAAGCUGUGAGACUGCGAUUCCAAGGCUAAGGUAUCUCAGAUGUUCAUACUAAACUGACGUCGGAACAGGAGAUUCAACACGCACGUAUCUGCCCUCUUUACCCAAAAGCAUGCGUUUAGAGAGCAGUAGGCGUCUCUUUGAAUUCUUGCUAGUAAGGGGGUUGCUGAUAUUCUCAUAGGGUGCUCAGU